AUGUCGCUGCUGCACGACGCCAUCUCGCGACCGCGCAUGCCUUCGCCCUCGCCCAGCUUCGGACGCGCCAUCACCAUACCCGCCCGCUCCAGUCCCGCGCUGACGGCCUCGUACCUCAAUGGCUCUCUCAAUGGCUCCCUGCAGUCCACGCCCGAGGGCAUGGUGCCCGUCUCGUCCUCGCUGCCGGCCAUUCCCUCCUACACCCUGCCCGAGUCGCUCCUGCCUCCACCACCCGUCCAGUCGCCGCCCACGUCCUCACCGUCAGCCAUGGCCGAGGCCCUAGGAAAGGGACCAGGUCUGAUCCGCAGAGUGAGCCGCGGCGCGCAGGGCAUUCCAGGUCGCUUCCGCCGAGGCAAUGCGUCUGCGCAGCGCGACAAGAGCUCCGGCCCCGUCAUCAUGCGCCGCCGCAGCGACAGCAGGACUGCCGCCGACGCCGACACUGGCAUCUCCGACUUCGACGCCUUUGAAGAGGAGGAAGCCGUAGAAGACCCCUUUGAGCCCAUCCACGGCCUUGGCAUCUCACACCCAACACCCAGCUUCAGCUCGAUACCAGAUGCCGCCGUCGUCGCCCCCGUACGCAACUCGCGCCUCGAGCAGGGCACCGUUUUGAGAAAGAUUACCAAGAAGGAGAAGAAGGAGAUCAACCUGCGGCUCGAUCUGGAAUCAGCCAAGGUGUUCUGGGAUUCCUCGCGCCCCUCCAAAGCCUUCUACAUCGACGAUGUCAAGGAGAUCCGCUCAGGUCCGGAAGCUAAGCACUACCGCGAAGAGUGCAACCUAUCCGAGAACUGGGCCCCCUACUGGUUUACCAUUGUCUACACCGACACAACACGCUCCAAGGGUCGGAUACGAACGAUGCACUUGAUUGCGCCUGACGUUGGCAUCUUCAACAUGUGGACUCAGACGCUCGAGUCUGUGUCGCGCAACCGCAUCGACCUGAUGGCCGGCCUCUUGGGCUUUGCCGACAAGAGCGCGAAGCUCGUCUGGCAACGCGCAAUGAAGAAGCGUGGCGAGGGCGACGAGACACUUGACUUCCCCAGCACCGUCGAGCUGUGCCGAAGUCUACACAUCAACUGCACCGAAGCCACCCUUCGCGCCUACUUCCAGAAAGCCGAUACCCUCGACGCUGGAAAACUAAACCAAUCGCAAUUCUUGUACUUUGUGCGCCGCCUCAAGGAGCGCAAAGACAUCAAGGCGAUCUACAAGACCUACACGUCUGGCUCAAAAAUUGAGAUGGACAAGUACACUUUCUUCGACUUUCUGCAGCGCGAGCAAGGCGUAGACGUGAACGCCGACCUCGAAUACUGGACCAACACCUUUGAGAAGUUUGCGCGUGCAACAAGACCCAGAAUGGCUGCUACUCCGACCGAGGGCGGAGAGGUCCCAUUGCCAUUGGCCAUGAACUUCCCCGCUUUCCAGACGUACCUGACUUCGGCUGCCAACUCCAUCCUCAAGCCAGCCGGCCAGCCACAGGAACUCAACCGACCAUUGAACGAGUACUACAUCUCCAGCUCACACAACACUUACCUGCUCGGCCGUCAAGUUGCAGGCGAAUCAAGCACUGAGGCGUACAUUACUGCGCUUCAGAAGGGCUGCCGAUGCCUCGAGAUCGACUGCUGGGAUGGCGCCGACAACAUUCCGGUCGUCAUGCACGGCCGCACUCUGACCAAGAGCAUCCUCUUCCAAGACACCAUCAAGGUCAUCAACAAGUACGCCUUCACAGAAUCACCCUAUCCAGUCAUCCUCUCGCUUGAGGUGCACUGCUCUCCGGUCCAACAGUCUGCCAUGGUCAAGAUCAUGAUGCAGGAGUUUGGUGACAAAUUGGUUCUCCAGCCACUGGACUUUGAGUCGCAGUCGCUACCCUCACCAGAAGAGCUGAAGCACCGCAUUCUCAUCAAGGUCAAGCGUGCUGCUGGCGAUGAAAUCGACACCAGGGCUCUCAUGGGCGAGAUCACCUCCCGAAGACAGCGCAGCUUCAGCUCUCCAUGGUCGAGACCCGUGAUACUGAACGACAACCUCAUCCCGAACUCGCCUCUUCUUUCCAGCCCGCCUUCAAUGAGCCCACCAGAGCGAGCAGCAUCCUUCUGGGCAACACCCCGAACAUCAAACAACACGCUACCCACUUCCGCAGCUGUGAGCUCAGCUGAAGACAGCGACAGCCCCAAUGCAACCACUGCCGAGACUGCUGAGGUAGUAGAUGAUCGCCGUAAGCCGAAGAAGACCAAGACCAGCAACAUCACGAAAGAGCUCGGCAAUCUUGGUGUCUACACAAGAGGAGUCAAGUUCACCGACUUUGGCAGCAUCGAUGCAAACACCUUCAACCAUGUCUUCUCCAUCAACGAGCGCGCUUUCGAGAAGCUCACCAAGCCCGGAGCCCGGGAGAAGCACUUGCUUGAGGAGCAUAACAUGCGUUGCCUCAUGCGCGUCUACCCUCACGCCUUCCGCAUCAACUCGUCCAACUUUGAUCCCCUCAAGUUCUGGCGUCGCGGCGUCCAGAUGGCUGCGCUGAACUGGCAAACUUAUGAUCUCGGUCAACAGUUGAACGAGGCCAUGUUUGCUGGUGGAGAAGACCGCACCGGCUACGUGCUGAAGCCAGCUGCUCUUCGUCUUGAGUCACAGACCCCAGUCAUUGGUCACAGGAAGGCACCUAAGAAGGAAGUCAAGUUCACUGUGCAAAUCAUCUCUGCUCAACAGCUCCCGCGCCCCCGCGGUCUCGGACAGGAAGCCAAUAUCAACCCCUAUGUUGAGUUUGAGAUGUACUGUGCUGAAGACAUGGGUGCGAAUGCCACCGGUAUCGGCGGACAGGACGCAUCUGCUCGCAAUGGCCACUCUGGCAUCGGCAAUCCCCUGCGCAAGCGAACACGCAUCGUAGAGGGCAAUGGUUACAACCCCGAGUUCGGCAACGAGAUUGAUAUGACAGUUACGACCAGGUACCCCAGCCUUGUCUUCGUCCGCUGGACUGUCUGGAACUCGCUCGAUGCCCGAACCACCAAUCACGCCCCUCUUGCUACAUUCACGGCCAAGCUCAACAGCAUCCAGCAAGGCUACCGCCAUCUCCCGCUUUACGACAGCAAUGGCGAGCAAUACCUGUUCUCCACUCUCUUCUGCAAGAUCAAGAAGCAGGACAUUGUCGACGCACCCGAGCCUGCCGCCAACGCUUCUUGCGGAUCAUCCAUUGAGCCUGCCAGCCCGCUUCAAGAGCCCACCAACACCAAGGCAAGCCGCAGCUUCGUGAGGCGCUUGAUCAGCCGUGCGCCCAGCGAGCGCAGGAAGCGCAAGGAAGAACAGCAACGCGCGGGUAGCGAGUCGCGCGAAUCCGACCUAGACUCCAUCAGUCGCUCAAGCACAUUCGAGCGAUAG